GCUGCGAUAGCGGUCCGACCUUGAACCCCCACGGGGACUGCACUUUGUAAACCACAACUCGCUUCACGUUACUGGUGUUCGUGAGGCUCCACGUCUUUUCCGCAUUGCAAUUGAUUCUUUGACCUGGACUACCCAACGCUAUGGCUUCACAUACCGCGUCCCAGCGCUACCUGAGCACCCGGGGAGGGUCCUAUGAUUUCUCCUUCGAGGAAGUCGUACUCAAGGGCCUCGCCGCUGACGGUGGCUUGUUCAUCCCAGAAGAGAUCCCAGUACUUCCCAGCGACUGGGCUACCAAAUGGCAUAAUCUCUCCUUCGAGGACCUCGCAUACGAAAUCUUCUCCCUCUACAUCUCGCCGUCCGAGAUCCCCGCCGCCGACCUCAAAGACAUCAUCCGUCGCAGCUACGCUACCUUCCGCGCGAAUGACGUUACUCCGACCGUGACUCUUGACAAGGACAAGAACAUACACCUGCUAGAGCUGUUCCACGGGCCUACAUUUGCGUUUAAGGAUGUGGCGCUGCAAUUCCUGGGCAAUCUCUUCGAGUACUUCCUCGUCCGGAGGAAUGAGAACAAGAGCGGACGCGAUAGAGAACACCUGACUGUCGUUGGCGCAACGAGCGGAGACACUGGAUCUGCAGCCAUCUAUGGCCUGAGGGGGAAGAAGGAUGUCUCCGUCUUCAUCAUGUUCCCACAUGGCAAGGUCAGCCCGAUCCAGGAGGCACAAAUGACGACCGUACUGGAUGCCAACGUGCACAAUCUGGCUGUAGACGGCACGUUCGACGACUGCCAGGACUUCGUCAAGGCACUCUUCGCCGACCCAGAGAUGAACAAAACGCACAAGCUGGCCGCCGUCAAUUCUAUCAACUGGGCGCGCAUCCUUGCCCAGAUUACAUACUACUUCUAUUCCUACUUCAACCUGAUCCGGCAACAGUCCUUCCUCCCAGCCUCUAAGGUCCGCUUCGUCGUCCCGACGGGUAACUUCGGCGAUAUCCUCGCGGGCUACUUCGCAAAGCGCAUGGGCCUGCCGGCAGAGAAGCUGGUCAUAGCCACUAACGAGAACGACAUCCUGCACCGCUUCUGGGAGUCCGGUCGGUACGAGAAGCACACCGUGUACGGUGCGGCGGCCGAGGGCGGGUUCGCCGAGGACGGCGUCAAGGCGCACGAGAGCGGCGUCAAGGAGACGCUGAGUCCCGCCAUGGACAUCCUCGUGUCGUCCAACUUCGAACGCCUACUUUGGUUCCUCGCGUACGAGGUGUACAGCACAUCUGCGGACGCAGUGUCGCAGCGCCGCGCGCAGGCCGGUGACCACGUGAAGAACUGGCUCAACGAUCUCAAGGCGAAGGGCGGGUUUUCUGUCGACAAACAGAUUCUGGCUGCCGCGCAGGAGGACUUUUCUUCGUAUCGUGUCAGCGACGAGGAGACGAUUGAGUCCAUCAAGCAGACCUACGCCGCGCCUUCAUCUAAGGGCUACGUCCUUGACCCGCACACGGCUAUUGGUGUUGCGGCUGCGCUGCGCUCAGCAGAGGUCUCGGGCCCGCCGUCAACGCACCACAUCUCGCUCGCGACCGCACAUCCUGCCAAGUUCAGCAGCGCCGUCGAGCAGGCGCUGCCGGACGACAAGGCGUACUUUGUGGAGAAGGUGCUGCCGGAGGAGUUCAAAGGUCUGGAGGACAAGCCGAGAAGAGUGAGCCAUGUGAAAAAGUCGGAUGGCUGGCAGGGUGUGAGGAAAGUGGUGAUUGCUGAGGUAGAAGCGGAAUUACAAGCUGCGGAUAAGGCGGGGCGGUAGAUGGACGCUGAGUUAGUACGCUGGGUAUGAUACAUGUGGACACGAGAUGAAAAUGCGGGCUUGCCUAGAAGCAGAGAGGCUAUAGAUGUUCUUAUUCCCUGCUUUCUGGAUAUACGUGCACAUGUGAAAUUCGCCUUUAUUGAGAUGCGACGUCUCCAGUCACGUCAAAGAGAC